AAAGUAUUAUUCCGAAUGUAAAUAGUGGAACAAAAAGAACAGCUGGGAGGAUUUUGUUUAAAAGGACACUACACUUCCCAGCUUUCCCUCACUGCCCGAAAAGAACACUGCAGAAACACUUUCCUCUGUUCACAGAGAAAGAGAGAGAUGAUGCUUUACAGCAACAAUAGUUGGAGAUCGAAUUCCAUUUUAAUACUUCUACUUGGUCUCUCCAUUGUGGCCGCCGCAGACUCCGCCGGCAAAACUUCACCGGUCGAAGACGGUACGCUGUUCACUAACAUAAUCUCAUCACUUUUCUUGGUUUUGUUUUUGGGGGGUAUAGCUCAUAGUGUUAAUGGGUUGACGAAAGCAUGAUUCUUUUUGCUUCUGUGGUUAUUUGAUUUCGGAAACCUGACCCAUUCUCUCUGUUCUCUCUGUUCCAAGAACAGAGGAUUCACCAUGGCCUGUUGUACUUAGUUCUUCUUUCUAAAACGGUUUACUUUCAGAUCUGUAUAACACAAAAAAUUGGAUAAGAAGGAAUUUGAAGUUAUAAUAUCCACUUCGAUUAGAAAGUUGGGUUCUAGGGUUUAUCCUCAAUCUCACUUCUUCUUAGUCCUCUUGUUGCUCAGCACUAAGACUUUUUAAGUCGGCUUGUAAUCUUGGGUUUAAAUUCAUGACUGUCUCAGCUGAGCAAUGACUAAAAAAGUUUAACCUCAUUAAUCCUAGGUUUAAAAUAUGCUAAUUCCAAUCUAAUCUGUCAGACUGUCACAAAUCAGAAAGAAAACAAAAGUUUUUGGAUAUUUUCGUUAAUUUAGUAUAGUUGUAGGCCAUCCUGGGUCAAAGAAUAGAAGAGCCCUCCUCAAGUCCUUGAGAGACAGUUGGAUUCAAUUCAAGUCUUCAAGUUAUAAACUCAUCUAUUUUAAAAAUUUGUCUUUAACUCUUUAGACAUCUGAAUUAGAAUAGCAUUAACCCCUUAAAAGUUGUAGUUUAACCGUUCCCGCCAUGUGCAUUCUUUUGUUGUUAGUUUAUUUCUUACAAAUACAAAACCCUAAUUGUCUCCUUUCUUUUGAUAAACUAAAAUGAAUUAAAAUCAAUUGUAACUAAAAUGUAUCUUCCCUAAAGAAAAGGGCACUUGUAACUGUAGAGUGUAGACACAAGACCACAAAAUGUAAUAUGUCACGAGUUAAUGCUUGGGACCGAGAGAAUAAAUGGUUCAAUUCUCGUGUUUCGCCUUCACUACUUUUGCUAUUUUUAAAAAAAUUGGUUUUAUCGUAUUUUUUUCUCCUUUUGUGUACAAAUAAUUUAAUUACCGUAGUGGCUGAUAAAUGUGAGCUCACGAGAAACGCGAGAAUUGAAUGAAUGUAUUUUGGGAUGAUAUUGUUUGUCUAGAUUACAAAAUCUUGAAAGAAUGAAUGGCCCAAAAAUGGACGUAAAAGAUGAAAGAUCUAUUGUUGUUAUUAAGAGACCAACUAAUUGUUAUACGUCUCCAUCCUAGUAUUUUUAUUUUCUGACACCAUUUUCUUAAAUCCCGUAAUUAUUCCCUUUUUCUCAAUAAAUUACAACUAACUUUCUUGUUCUGCCGGAAUCUUUUUUCAAGGCUUGGUGGUUAACGGCGACUUUGAGACACCGCCGUCAAACGGCUUCCCUGAUGACGCAAUCAUCGAGGACACCUCCGAGAUCCCGAGCUGGCGAUCCGAUGGUACGGUGGAGCUAAUCAAGUCCGGUCAAAAACAAGGCGGGAUGAUCUUGAUCGUGCCUGAGGGCCGUCACGCUGUUAGAUUAGGAAACGAUGCAGAGAUCAGCCAAGAACUUACGGUGGAGAAAGGCUCUAUCUACUCCGUCACGUUCAGUGCAGCCCGCACAUGUGCACAACUCGAGUCGCUGAAUGUUUCGGUAGCUUCUUCUGAUGAACCUAUCGCAUCGCAAACCAUUGACUUGCAAACGGUGUACAGCGUUCAAGGAUGGGAUCCAUAUGCAUGGGCGUUUGAAGCGGUUGUGGAUCGCGUCCGGUUGGUUUUUAAGAACCCUGGCAUGGAGGAUGAUCCUACUUGUGGACCUAUCAUUGACGACAUUGCCGUUAAGAAGCUCUUUACUCCUGAUAAACCCAAAGGCAAUGCAGUGAUUAAUGGAGAUUUUGAAGAAGGUCCAUGGAUGUUUAGGAACACUACCUUAGGUGUUCUGCUUCCAACAAACCUCGAUGAAGAAAUAUCGUCUCUUCCUGGAUGGACCGUCGAAUCGAACCGAGCAGUACGGUUUAUUGACUCAGACCAUUUCUCGGUCCCCGAGGGGAAGCGAGCUUUGGAACUUUUAUCGGGCAAAGAAGGCAUAAUUUCUCAAAUGGUUGAGACAAAGGCGAACAUUCCGUACAAGAUGUCUUUCUCUUUGGGACACGCAGGGGACAAGUGUAAGGAACCUUUGGCUGUAAUGGCUUUUGCUGGAGAUCAAGCACAGAACUUUCAUUAUAUGGCGCAAGCAAACUCGAGUUUCGAAAGAUCGGAGUUGAACUUCACUGCGAAAGCUGAACGUACGAGGAUCGCCUUCUACAGCAUUUAUUACAAUACGAGGACGGACGAUAUGACUUCAUUGUGUGGACCUGUGAUUGAUGACGUUAAGGUUUGGUUCUCCGGGUCUAGUAGAAUUGGAUUUAGUUUUCCGCUUUUUAUUCUUCUUUCUUUGGUUUUCAUCUAGAUUGUUCCGGUUCAGAAAUUGUAUUGGUAGACCGGGAAUUAAGACGGGAUUCCACGUUGUAUGAUGUAUCGUUGUAUGAUGGAUCGGUUCAAGGUACAAGAAAUGACAAAGUACUUAUGCAAUUCAUGAGUUUAGAGCAAUCAUGCUUAAACAAUUAUCAAACUAGCUAGGCUAUACAUUUUUGUAGCUUUAUUGCAAAUUAAUGUAAACUAGUUCUUGG